CCGGCGAGGGGAGCCCCGGGGCCGGCGGCCGGAGCGCGUGGAGGGGCGCCGGCUCCAUGGGCAGCAGCGCGCGGCGCCAGGAUGAUGGACGUUAACGGCAGCGGCCGCCCGGACCUCUACGGGCACCUCCGCUCUUUCCUCCUGCCAGAGGUGGGGCGCGGGCUGUCCGACCUGAGCCCCGACGGUGGCGCCGACCCGGUCGCAAGCUCCUGGGCGCCGCACCCGCUGAGCGGGGUCCCCGAGGUGACCGCCAGCCCCGCGCCCACCUGGGACGCGCCUCCGGACAAUGCCUCGGGCUGCUGGGAGCAAAUCAACUACGGCAGAGCCGAGAAAGUUGUGAUCGGCUCCAUCCUGACGCUCAUCACGCUGCUGACGAUCGCGGGCAACUGCCUGGUGGUGAUCUCCGUGUGCUUCGUCAAGAAGCUCCGCCAGCCCUCCAACUACCUGAUCGUGUCCCUGGCGCUGGCCGACCUCUCGGUGGCCGUGGCGGUCAUGCCCUUCGUCAGCGUCACCGACCUCAUCGGGGGCAAGUGGAUCUUUGGCCACUUCUUCUGCAACGUCUUCAUCGCCAUGGACGUCAUGUGCUGCACGGCCUCGAUCAUGACCCUGUGCGUGAUCAGCAUCGACAGGUACCUUGGGAUCACGAGGCCCCUCACGUACCCGGUGAGACAGAACGGGAAGUGCAUGGCCAAGAUGAUUCUCUCGGUGUGGCUGCUCUCCGCCUCCAUCACCCUGCCCCCGCUCUUCGGAUGGGCCCAGAACGUCAACGACGACAAGGUGUGCCUCAUCAGCCAGGACUUCGGCUACACCAUCUACUCCACCGCGGUGGCCUUCUACAUCCCCAUGUCGGUCAUGCUCUUCAUGUACUACCGCAUCUACAAGGCCGCCCGCCGGAGCGCGGCCAAGCACAAGUUCCCCGGCCUCCCGCGCCUGCAGCUGGGCAGCGUGGUCGCCCUCAACGGCGUGGGGAAGCUCCAGAAGGAGGUGGAGGAGUGUGCCAACCUGUCCCGGCUCCUCAAACACGAAAGGAAGAACAUCUCCAUCUUCAAGAGGGAACAGAAAGCAGCCACCACCUUGGGCAUCAUCGUGGGGGCCUUCACCGUGUGCUGGCUGCCCUUCUUCCUCCUCUCCACAGCCAGGCCCUUCAUCUGCGGCACCGCCUGCAGCUGCAUCCCGCUGUGGGUGGAGAGGACAUUUCUGUGGCUGGGCUAUGCAAACUCUCUCAUUAACCCUUUUAUAUAUGCCUUCUUCAACCGGGACCUGAGGACCACCUAUUGCAGCCUGCUGCAGUGCCAGUACCGGAAUAUCAACCGCAAGCUCUCGGCCGCAGGCAUGCACGAGGCCCUGAAGCUUGCAGAGAGGCCCGGGAGACUCGAGUUUGUGCUGUAAGACAAAACUCUGACUACUGUAGAAAAAAAGGUCAUGAUUCAUGAUCGAAAACGGAAUAAUGGAGAUGAAAUAAGGCAAAACAGAGGUGGAAACAGAACGAAAUCUUUUGCCGAGACUGCAGAAUGGAAUGCGGCUUCUGUCCUUUCUUGGGAUGGCUAAAACGUGGCAAACAGGGUGAUCUGUUAUACAAAGUAUAUGAUGAGGGGGAUGGUGACCUCUUCUUUUUUGGGUCAGUCCGUGGAUCAGUGCUAUUGUGUGUUCUCACGUUAAGACAGCCAGAUCAUCUCAGCAGUAAGCACACUAACAGAACUGAGUUCCAGGGAAGGAAGCAGUUUCUGGUGCUUUGCAUAUGUCCAGAUCCAUGCAAGUGGGAGAAAGUUCCAAUGCACUCUGCCCAUGCUUCUGAGUGUAGCCACUGUGGUGAAUAUUCAGGAAUCAUCCAUGUGACAGAAUGUAUUUUGUUGUAUGACAGAAGAGCUUUCCCAAGCAAGCUGCGGUCAGCAUAGUGUUGAAUAUGUUGCAUGUCCAUGUUAGAAAACAGAAUCCAGUCAUCAGCUUUAUAAGUGAUUUCCCAGAGCAGUGUUUGUUCAAGCUUCUGUGAAAUAGUUUGGCUUUUCUUCAGGGUCCCUGUCACUUCCCCACCAAUGUACUUUCUUUGUUAACUCUCUUGUUAUGGUGUAACUCAGGAACAGAUCUCAGGAUGGGGAAAAGCAUAGAAGCUGCAUAAAGCUUUUUCUCACGCUCACACUUCUGAGGGGUCUUGGGAGGUGAGGGGGAUUCCUUCUGUGAGGAUUUUUACCACAUGAAGAGCGAGUGCUACCUAACUGCACUGUACAUUAACACGAUUAUUGGCAUGUUUUUCACUCAUUUUACACAAGGGUACAAUGGGCCCGUAACUCUGUGUUAUGUGGAAGAAGUGUGGCAAUAAUGGGGUUUCUAAGAAAGUUAUGAUGCUUCCAAAGAAUGAGCACAGACAUGUUUAUUCUCCUUGAGCAGCAUUGCAUUAAACUGCAUUGUGAGUUGGAGGUCACCUGGACCACGUGACAAAUGUUCCAGAACAACAUUCUGUUCCUUCUAGAGAAUUUGCUUUUGUGUUCUCUGUAUCUUAAAUCAAAUGUGCGCCUGAGCAGUUCUGUCCCCUGACCCACCCCUCCCCUCUCCCUCCAAAAAAGUGUUAGGCAUUAAGAGCAGAUGGGAAACAGAAAACGUCCCUUUACAGAUAAUAUUUUUUUUUAAAUGGCACAUAUAAGUGUGAGCUAAGGAGACAGAAAGAUGGUAGAUCAGAAAAGAAGACCUAUGCCUGUAAGAGGGAUAAAAUGAAUGGAAACCUUCAUUACAUGAAAGAGAAUUUAAAGAGAAUAUUAUUUUCCUCCAGUUAAGGAAGCUGUCCCCUCACAGGAUAAAGUGGAGUUCCAAUGUGGAUUAUGGACUUCUUUCAACUUUCAUUGACAUUGUUUCUUACCAGCUGCAGGGAAGGGCUGCCUUUCCUGAAAGGAGAGGUGGGCACUGUCCUUUCAGACAAAGCUUGUACAAAUUCCUGAACCACAGAUUUGCUAAAGUGACCGUAUAUACUUAUAUUCGUAAUUUAAAUGUUUAAUUAUGGUCAGAUACAUGUUGUUAAAUUUGAAAAUGUUUUAUUACAUUCCAUCAAAUAAAGUUUAUUUAUAGCUGUAAUAAAGCAACUUAAGUAAUGAUUUUUAAUUAAA